AUGACUUCUCAUAAAAGACCAAGGCAGGUUACCCUCUCUUCUGAGGAAACUCAUUCCGAUGAUCCCUUGGAUGACACGGAUAGUGAGUGGGAGAGAAUCACAGAAGACCCUGUCAAGCGAGUCGCGUUUGAAAGAAAGUGCAUUGAAGAUGAGCUCACCAAUCAGAAACGAGUAAUUCUAUUGCAAGAAAAUCCCAGCAGAAGGAGUCACUGUCGUUUCUGGGACUGUGUUCCUAGGAAGUUGAAUGGAGAACCCAAUAUCAGGUCUGCUUUUCGUUUCAAUGUUAAAGACCUUUCCGGUCGAUACUAUGUAGUAGAACCGAACAAGUACUAUCAUGUGUCAUGCAUGGAGCAAAUAUUUCCCGACCUGAGUUCCCUGGGUCGUACCUUCGAAGUGGACAUAUACGAUCGAUUCCGAAGGGCACAUGCCAAGUGGGACCGGAAAGACAACACAGUGGAGAUCAACCAUCAACUCGGGGAUCAUGAGGGUAGUCGUCAGGAUUGUGAGAAGUGUGAGGAAGUGCCGCAUGAACCACUGAGAAAAGAUUACUUUCCUGAAGAGCCUCGCAGUAGCCUACUGAGUGAAGUUCUGGCCUCCGUGGUUGGCGUGGGACACUUGGAUGAAUUAGAUGGAGAUUUGAAUGCUCGCCGUUGUAAGAAGAUUCGGCGCAGCUAG